AUGGGUGAGGUCCAGUAUCCGAAAUGGCUUCAUGAUGACGAAAUGGCCAAACUUGGCCACAAUUCAAACGAAGCAGAUCUCUCUCAACCCAUCAACCCAAACCAAACAGAAUCCAGCACAAUGAGCAAUACCUUCGAUGAUCAGACACAGGGGGCGGAGGUGACGAAGAUGUUCCCAGAGCGGGUGAAGCAAAAAACAUGUACCGCCACAACCCCAACAAACCCGGUCUAUAAAUCAUAUAGACUAACCAAUUCUCCUACCACAGUCCUCAUAGCCGGUCUCAAACGAGGCGAUCUCGCAGCAACAACCGCAGACGCCCUCGCCCACGGUGGCGCCAAAACCAUAAUAUACACGGGCCGCUCACAGUCCGAACUACAGCCUGUGAUCGACCACAUCAACCGGAAAUACAAAACGGUCGAAAUGAUCUUUGUGACGGCGGACCCGGGCAGUCUGGGUUCGUUCCGCGAGGCAGCGCAUAAUAUCAAGAAGCUAGGGGUGUCGAUUGAUGGCUUCAUUGGGUUUCCCGAUGUCAUGGCUGUACCAUGGGAGCUCACGGAGGAUGGGCUCGAGUCUCAUUUCCAGAAGAAUUACCUGUGUUAUUUCUUGCUGCUGAAUCUGCUGUGUGAUGUGAUGGGGCCUCGGUCGAGGGUUGUCUUGGUUACGUCUAGUUUGCGAAAGGAGGCGCCUGCGCCUUCGUGGAAGGAUUUGGAGUUUGAGAAUGGAGAAAAUUACCACAGUCUCGAUGGAUAUUCGCAGUCGAUGCUUGCGAUUAUCUUGUUUAUCAAGUCGAUUGCGAAGAAGUAUAGGGCAACUAUUGCUGCCUUUUCUGCAAAUCCUGGAAAUACCAAAACCAAUGUCCAAACAUACGUUGCAUGGGAUGAGAUCAAAUCCUGGCUGCAGCGGAAGAAAGAUGCGGGUGAAGACAUCCCGGUCCUGUUACAGCAAGCACCGAAAUCUCUUGCACAGGGAAGUGCCACGGUGUUGCGUGGAUUGCUCGAUCCGGAGCUCGAAGUCGUCCCUGGUACCGUGACUCUGGUGGACGUGGAUCAUGUCUUGGAGACCCGGCACUUGGAUCGUGGAGACCAUGACAUUGUGUUGAUCCCUACCCCGUCAAAUGACCCAGAUGACCCCCUCAAUUGGAGCCCGAGACGGAAGCUUAUGUCAACUGCCUGCGUGAGCGUCUACACCUUGUUCGCAGGAAUUGCCUGCUCCGUCGUUUACUCAGUGAUUAAACCACUUCACGAACAAACGGGAUUGCCUAUUAGUACCCUGAACGAGGGAAGCGGGUACAUGUUCUUGUUGGCUGGUUGGGGCUUGCUGUUUUGGCAGCCUUUCGCUAUGCAAUAUGGCAAGCGGCCGACAUAUAUCUUAUCCUUGAUCGGAAUCUUGGGUAUGACGAUGUGGGGACCAUACGCAAGCACCAAGGGUCAAUGGCUCGCACGAAACAUCAUCUUAGGUUUCUUCACAGCACCCGUAGAAGCGCUUCCUCAGAUCUCUGUCACGGACGUGUACUUCACUCAUGAGCGAGGAACAUACAUGGGUCUCUAUGCAUUCUUCCUGGCAGGUAGUAACUACUUCGCGCCGGUCAUCUGCGGCUUUAUCGCUCAGUACCAGGGCUGGCGGUGGGUAUUCUACUACCCGAGCAUCUUUGUCGGCUGUGCAAUUAUCUUCCUCUUCUUUUUCUGCGAGGAAACAAACUACAUUCGAGCGCUCCCCGACGAGCCUAGCACUGUCAUACCCGCAGAAUCUCCAAAACUCAGCUCGGAAGACGAAAAGGAGAAAUAUGCAGCUGCUGAUAUGGAAGCUGCCACUGGGGUCAGUAUAAGAUCGGGCCAUACCAAGAAGUCGUAUGUCAAGAAAUUGGCGCUCUGGGGACCGAGCCAAGAGCAGAACACCUUGUUCCGACGAUUAUGGCAGUGCCUUUACUUCCUCUCGUGGCCUGUUAUCUUCUAUGCUGGCUUCUCUUACGGAUCCUACCUGGUAUACUUCAAUAUCUUGAAUGGAACAGCCUCUAUCAUUCUUGGCGGAGAGCCAUAUAACUUUGGAUCUUCCAUGGUCGGUCUUAGUUAUCUAGGGCCCAUCGUCGGUGUAAUCCUGGGAUCCCUCUUCACUGGCAGAUUCAGCGAUUGGCUCACUAUCAAACUCGCCCGCCGGAACAACGGCGUUAUGGAGGCAGAGCACCGUCUCUGGCCCUUCCUCGCUUGUUUUGUACUUGUGCCUUGUUCCCUUAUUCUUUGGGGUGUUGGUGCUGCUUAUGAGGUCCACUGGUUUGGCCUGGUUGUUGGAAUGUGCAUGCUGGCCUUCACUAGUACCUGUGGGAUCACGCUUAGUGUCAAUUACUUUAUUGACAGCUACCGAGAGCUGAGUGGCAUUGCCAUGGCUAGUGUGAUUCUGGUUCGUAAUACCAUGUCUUUUGCAAUUGGCUAUGGUAUCACUCCUUGGAUCGAAAAUAUGGGAUAUCAGAACUGCUUUAUCUCUGCUGCCUUCAUUGGCAUGGCAUGCGCUUCAGUCUUCCUCUUUAUGAUCAAGUUUGGAAAGACCUUCCGCGAACGUUCUCGCGAGAAGUACUGGAAGCUUGUCCAAGAGAACUGGGAGAAGGGCAUGGGCAAUUAG